GCUCUUAAAUUUUCUCAUUUUUCUAUAUUACACUAUAUUAAAAAAAAAAACAAUGUUCUAAAACACUCUACAUCUAUGGAUUGAUAAUUCAAAACGAGUCUUUCUCGAACUUUAUAGCCUGCUUCCAUUUUGGCCACAAGCGCGAUAUCACCUUUCGUGCAUCAGCUUUGCUACAAUCUACAGCUUAUCUUAUAUUUGAAAGCCGGUCUCUGGUCCUAAUUAGGCAAAAUGAUCAGAUUCGCUCGAAUUAUAAUAAUCGUAUUAACUGCGCUUGGUUUACAUUUGUUAUCGUAUUCCGUGAGAUAUGUUUGCACAAACUUGAUAGCAACACUUCAACCAAGAGCGCGCUCCAUGCAUUUCAAAUAAACUGAUCGCGUGUGGGAAAAGAGCUUGAAUAUUCCUUCGAGAAAUUUGCAUCCCUAAAAUCCUUCUCCCUUUAAUCGCAAAAGUUCAACAUAAUCUCAACACUAAGAAGACGACGGUUCCGAGAUAUAAACGGAAUGUUCCUUGCCAAAUUUAUUGCAUUUAAAUUUGACUCAUUUUUGGUUAUAAAUUUACGCAUAGUAGAGUGAGGUUAUGUAGAUUCUAAGCGAUCAAGUACCAUUCAAAAAUUCGCUUCAUCCGAAUUGGUGAACAAAGUUGCAAGAAUAUUUACGGGAUGUUGUUAUUUAUGCUGAUUCGAUCCAAGACCCAUUCUCGUUAUCUUAAGCGUAAUAAUUAGACUGCAGUAAUCAACGAAAAUCGACAUAAUUCGGGUACAGAGAUCGGACAUAAUCCCAAGAUGAAGCGAUCGAUUGUGCGGCUAUUCAGACAUUGUAAUGAGCAAAAUUCCAUUAGAAAUGCUUAUCUGUAGAAUUUCGCCUUUAUGUCUUAUGUUAGGUUCUUCUGGUCCUCUUAAUUCGAAUUUUUGAGAAAAAAAAAUAUUUUGCUUUCUCUCCCUCUCUCUCUCUCUCUUUCUGUAUCCGUGAAAAUUAUAAAGUUUAAAAAAAUUUUCCGUACACAGUCACAGUCAGAAUUACAUUUUACGUGUAAUAGGUUCGGAAUUCAUUUAUUAUUGUAUGACACACUACACAAAGCAGCGACGAGACUACUCUCAAAUAAAACCCAACGAGAAAUGAUUGGUUUCCAUUUCCUUUUUUUGAUUAUCCUUACAACUAAAUCGUCGAGGGCUGUUGCGGGCGAAAUGUGAACGCAACAUUUCGUAUAGGUUCACGGCUCCAGACGAGUCAACAAGUAACGUACAACGAACACCGGGGCAUACACAUGUUUGUUUUGCAAGCGCCAAGCGCUGCUCUACCCAGCUGCUCGUUGGGUGAAACCAUCAAGCUCUCUCGCGUGUGUAGUUUUUUUUUUUUUGCUUUCGCCAAAAAGAGCUUUUUUUAUUCGUGCUCAUUACAUCUUUACAGCAUACAAUGGCUCUCGAAACACCAUUUAAGUAUAAAAUAUGCCUCGCAUUCAUACAAAUCUGUUGGCUCUCCGUGUUGGUGACAACAGAAAUCAGUGCAAGUGUGUGUGCGUGUGUGUGUGUGUGUGUGUAUGUGUUAGAGCAUAAAGUAUAUAAUAUUAUUGUGCUUUUGUUCAAAGUCAAAGGUUGUUGAACUUUUGGGGCAGAACUUUAAAUGCUUCAUUCAAACUGCAAUAAAAACAAACAAAACAUAAUUUUCAAUGCCAUGGGGAGACUUAUACGUUACGCGUCGUCAUAUGUGCAUGCAGAUAAUGCGUUGUAUGCAGAAAGAAUCGUCAAAGAAUUUAGAUAAUACGUCCAAAUAAACUUCUCAAAUGGCAAAAACAAGAAUCAAAACUACUCCAACCCGUAUGCAAAAGGAUGCUCUAAUGGCAUCAGCAGCCGUCGCUACAGUCGCGCAAGGUACCACAGAAAUUGCGGUAAAGAAACGUUUACUUCAAUUGAGUCAUAAAAAUUCAAAUGUGGAUGCAAUGCCGAGCGGUUCGACAAUAAUAGUACAGGCACCAAAACGUACAAAUUCAAUGUCUUCGGCUACAUCAACUAUAUCACAUAUAAGCGAUGUACAGUCGGGCAGCGAAUCGCCGAUUCCACAAAUUGCAAAACUGAAGGCGACUAUAACUGCAAACACGGACGAACCCACCAUGGCCGAAUUGACUGAAAGUGCCAUUAAAACUCUGAACGAAGGAUUGCAAAGUAGAUCCAAUGGACGUGGGGCCUUAAAGAAUCGUAAAGUGUUUAUGAUUACAGAGAAAUGCAAUGAUACAAGUAAACAUGGAGAUGCAAACGGCAGUAAUGGCCAAAAGCGGAAAAUGUAUUUAAUAAUGGAGGAGAACAGCGAAAGUUCGGAAAAGCUGAAGCGAACCGAUAACAUUGGUGGUUGUAAAAAGUUGACGUUAGUUGCCGAUAAAUCCGAUGGCCAAUUGCCUCAACAAUUUGAAAAGAUAUUACCCGAGAUAUUAAAUUGCAUACAAGCCAAAGGUGUAAGUAAUAAUAGCGGAGUUGAAGUGGUUAGAUCAAGCGAAACUUUAAUCGACAGUGGUCAUAUAACUGAAAAGCUACCUGCAAGCAGUAAUGUUAUAAUAAAUGACGAUAAUCAAUAUGAAAAUCCCAACGUAAUCGUUAUUAAAUCGGAUGCAAAGACUGCAUACAACGAUAGACUGCCUAUAACAUUGCCGCCGAAAAAGAAUCGCACCAAAAUAAUUAACACUCAAAUUAUACCAAUACAACAACAGAGCUCCGAGGAAUUAACUAACAUUUCCAAUGGCAUCGUUUCCGCUCAUCAUUCGUACGAAAAUAACGAUUUGGCGCAACAUAAUACCGGACAGCAGAUUAGCUAUCAAAAAAGUUUCAUUGAAAGUACUGGCGCUACACCCGUUAUAGUGACAGCGUCCAAUAAUAAUUCAUUAUUAACCAACGGCGAUAACGGUUUAAAAAUGCACGAAAGCAACACCGUUAUACCCCAUAAAAAUAUAAAUCUAUCGCCAGACUUUUUAUUCUUAAUGAAAAUGCUACCGAAACUCGAGAGUAUACCGGAACCGCAAAAAAUCCAUGUGAAAAGUUGCAUCGAACAGAUUUUAACGCAGAAUGCCAAUUUAUUUAUGGAUGAACCAUGAUUUUGAAAGAAAAAAUAAUAAUAUAAUUAUUGUCAUCAUCGUCAUCAUCAUUAUCAUUAUUAUCAUCAUCA